AACAAUGUCCGCUCCGUUGAUUUUCAUAACUUGCGCUACUGGUUUUAUCGGUAGCGCCACCGCCCUGGAAGCUCUCAAGGCGGGGUACCGACUUCGAAUUGGCGUUCGGAAGAACUCAGAUAAGCUCAAAGAGUUGCUGUCGGACUACAGUGACCAGACAGAGUUUGUCAUCAUCUCUAAUCUCACUGACGAGGCUGUCUUUAGAGGCAAGCUCGAUGGGGUGGACUAUGUUCUGCAUCUUGCGUCACCGGUUCCCCACGGGAUAGACAAGGAAGCUUAUUUCCCCCCCGCAAUCAAGGGAAUAUUGGCCAUUCUUAAAGAAUCGGAGAAAGUGUCGAGUAUUAAGAAGGUUGUGAUCACGUCUUCAGCCGUUUCCUUGUUUCCUCUUGACGGGAUACCAGAAGGUGCUGUUGUUAAAGAGGCAAACGAUUGGGACCUAACAGUUGAUCCAAAUGCAAAUUUUGUCGACCCGAACGACCCUGUCACAUCAGCAAUGACUUUGUACCAGGUCUCCAAAUUGCUUGCAGAUAAGGCAGCAUGGGACUUUUGGAAGACCAACAAACCGCAUUACUCUUUGGUGACUCUUUAUCCGGUGUACGUCUAUGGGCACAACUUAAUGCAAGUCUCCGCCGAAGGGAUUCAAGCAGGAUCUAAUGGGAUCUUCUGGAAUACUGUGAUGAAAGGAACGCCAGCUGGAGAUCUCGCUAUCACCGGUGUACAUGUUCAAGAUGUUGCUGAGGCGCAUAUCAAGGCAUUGCAGCCAGAAAUUGAGGGUGGGUCCAAGUACCUACUCGCAGGAAAGCCGACGACAUGGAAUGAUGUGGCCCGCAUUGUGAGGGAAGCCUACCCCAACAUUGGUGGUAAACUCACAGAGGGCGCCCAAGGUGCUUCCGUACCUACCGAUACCUCGAAGGCGGAAAAUGAGCUUGGAAUUAAAUGGCGCUCAUGGGAAGAGAUUGUGCGAGACGUGAUAGAUCAACAGCUUGCCUUCCUUCAAAGUUUAACUAUGUGA